AUGCCCCUCGGCGUCGACGACCUCAAGAACCUGCUGCGCCCCGGCGCGGCGCCGGGCAAGGCCAAGCUGCCCGCGAAACGGGGAAGAAACAAAGGAGCCAAGGUCUUUGCCGACAUCAGGCAGGUCGAGUACGACGCGGACCUCUUCGUGCGGGGCGCCCUGCGCGCGCAGCCGCCGCCGCCGCGGGGCAAGCCCCUGGGCAAGCUCGUCAAGCCGCGGGUCUCGAACAACCCCGCGCGCCUGAACGGCCUGCACCCGGACCCCGAGCACAAGCCGAGGAAGCAGGCGCCGCCGCCGCCGCCGCCGGCGGCGCGCAAGGCCCGGGCGAAGAAGCCCGAGGCCGAGCCGGGCCUGCUCACGCGCCGCGUCAAGGCCGCCGCCGAGCCGGCGCCCGAGGCCGAGGCGGCGCCGGCGCCGCCGCCCGCUGCGCCUCCGGCGCCCAAAGCCAAGGCUGAGGCCAGAGAGCGGGUCCACGCGCCGCCGCCCGCCGCGCCUCCGGCGCCGCCGCCCGCCGCGCCCGCAGCCAGGGCCGAGGCCGACGCGCCGGCCGAGAUCUCGGACGAGGAGGCCCGGGCCUACUGGGCCGCGCGCGACCGGGCCGGCGGCGAGGCGACGGAGGAAACGGCGCUCUGCCGCGCGCGCGCGCGCAAGGCCCACGCGCCCGUCGAGCCGACGGAGCUCGGGCUGGCCAAGGACCAGCGCGUCGUCGUACUGCGGGCGGAGCUCGCGGCGACGCCGGGCUGGGUCUUCGCCGACGCCGGCGAGGCCUUCGGCUACGUGCCGCGGACCUACCUCCAGCCGGUCCCCGCGGGCGCAGCGCCGGCGCCCAAGGCCCGGGCCGCGCCGCCGCCGCCCGCGGCGUCGCCGACGCCCGCCGAGGCCAAGGCCGCCGCCGCGCGGCCGCCGCCCGCGGCCCGCGCGCCGCCGACGCCCGAGGCCAAGGCCGCCGCGCCGCCGCCGCCCGCCGUCUCCGAGGCCAAGGCGGCGCCCGCGGCGCCGCCCGCGGCCCUCGAGGCCAAGGCGCUGGCCCAAAAGGCGCUCGACGUCCUCGACGCGAUCCCCAAGCCCGCCGCGCGGCCGGUGCUCGUCGCCCGUGCAACGUCGGAGGCCAAGGCCGCGGUCGCGCCGCCGCCCGUCGCGCCCGAGGCCAAGGCCGCGGCCGCGCCGCCGCCCGCCGCCGCCGAGCCCAAGGCCGCCGCGCCCGGGGCCGCCGCGGCGCAGCACAAGGAGAGCAAGGGCGCGGGCGUCAAGCGCAAGUCGAAGCGCGAGGCCGUGCGCGAGGAGAUCCGCGCGCGCAACGGCAAGCCCGUGCCCCGCAGGAAGAAGUUCGGCAACAACCGCGCGGCGCUCGCCGCGGCGCCGCCCGCCGUCCAGGCCGAGAUGCGCGGCACGCUCCGGCGGGCGGCGACCGAGGCGCGCGCGACGAUCAAGCGGAACGACGACAUCGUCGCCGCGACGCUGCGGCGGACGCAGCAGGCGGGCGCGAGCCCGCUGCCGCGGCCGAGCGCCUUCUUCGCGCGGCGCCGCGAGAGCGAGGCGUCCCUGGCGUCGUCGGCGCCGUCGCCGCCGCCGCCGACGCCCGGCGCGUCCCGGGGCCGGCGCCCGUCGACGAGCCCGGACGUCCUCAACGGGCGCCGCGAGAGCGGCGCGUCGAUGCCGCCGACGCCGCCGGGCGCGACGAGCCCCGCGACCGUCGGCGACGCCGCGGGCCCCGCCGGCGCCGCGGCGCCCGCGGAGCGCUGGGCCAAGUUCUGGGAGCCGACGCAGCGGUGCUUCUACUUCGUGUCGGACGCGAGCGGCGAGUCGCGCUGGGCGGCGCACUUCGACGAUGAUGUGAUGGUCGUCGAGACGGAGGACGCGGUGACGUACGUCCACCACGCGACGCUGGAGCCCGUCGACGGCCCCGCCGAGGCGACCCCGAACGCCGAGGGCACGACGGCCCAGGACGUGUGCAACUGGCAGACGAUGAUCGACCCCGUGAGCGGCCAGGUCUACUACUACUCGCGCGCGUCGGGCGCCUCGCGCUGGACGCCGCCGACGUGGAUGGACUACUACGACCCGACGGAGCAGUGCGUCUACUACAUCCACAGGACGAGCGGCGAGUCGUCGUGGGAGGAGCCCGCGGGCUUCCGGGAAGAGGCCGACGCGGCCGAGCCCGACGAGGCCGAGGACGUCGGCGGUGGGGAGGAGGCGGACGCGAAGGAGACCUACGAAGAGGCCGCGGUCGACGACGGCGCGGCCAAGGCGCGGGUCAUGUUCUCGUACCGCAAGCGGCCGACGGCGCCCUGGGACCCGCACGGACGGACGAUGCGCGGGACGCUCAAGCGGCAGGCCGCGUCGCCGGGCGUCGUGCCCUCGCGGAAGCUGCAGUUCGGCGACACGCUCGUGCUCGGCGACAUCAUCGCCGAGCUCGACUAG